AUGCAUAGGUCCAGCAUCGAGUGCUGGGUGCAGUACCUUGCACCGGGUACCGCACGGCUCGUAGGUGUGUGGUGCACACGACGCGCAGCUGCAGCGCUUGAGGCGGCGGGGUCAGUAUGCACCAUAACAGCGUGCCGUGCAGCCGAUAUGGAGCAGGAUUUGGGGCCGUACGCGCUGCGCCCAGUGCUCAGUGCAUACGUCUGUGGGGGUGUUCAGGUGACUUGCGGUAUCCGAACAAAGAGCUGCAGCGUGCAUACAUGGCUGGCAGGCUCCAUGGAACGAAGCACUCGCGUGCCGCUUUGGCAACAUGGGGCGUUCCUGUGA